AGGAAGGAAAGAGGGAAGAAGGAAAGAAAGAGAGUGAGUGAGUGAGUGAGUGCGCGAGAGAAGCCCUGUUGACGGCCUCUAGUCUCCAUGGAAGGCGACGACGACCUUCAUUUGAGUGGAAGCAGUCCCAGUGGCAACAAGAAUGCAUUUGAUUAGUGACCAGACCACCCAUCCGUUGUUAAGUGCCCACUAUUAAAUUCAUUUGCGGAAUGUCCUGGAUCUCGGAGUCUGCCCAGAAUCCUUCGAAUGUGAGUGAGCCCCAGCAACAAGCACUUCUGAUCCACUUGUUCCACGAUGUUCCAUACAGCGUGCGUGCCGUCAAUCAAUCCUUGAAAGCAAAGUCAAGGCACCGAUGAAUUUCCUUCGUUUCGGCGGUGUCAGCAGCCUCGUUCUCCCGCUUCUUUUAGUGGAUUAUUAUUAGCAAUGCUGCUAACCUACUCAUAAACAAACUGUUUUGGAUGCUACCGAGUGACAAGUGAUCCAUUUCCCCAUUGAUAUUCUCCAGUGUGAGUGUUCCAAAAUAAGAUAUACUGAUAACGAGUGGUGUGAUACAACACCAAGGUGGUGGAAAUAACAGGAACCGGAAGCGACUUGACUUCUUUAUUCUCCCCGGUUGUUGCUAAACGGGUCAUGACUGUUUGAGCUCGGCAGAAUCCUUGAAUUGGUCAGUCUCAAAAUCAGACAUGUUUUGGCGACUCUCGUUCAUCGGGCUGAUCUUGGCCAUUUGUAAAGUGCCUGCGAGUGGAUUGUCCAAUUUACGCGUGAGCAUUCCCGAGACCAUUCAGCGAGGCAAGGAUGUCGUGUUCAAUUGCUCGUUCAACCUUCAAGAUGAGAAACUGUAUGCCAUCAAAUGGUAUCGCGGCACCUACGAGAUCUUCCGAUUCAUUCCCAGCGAAAAACCACCGGUCAAGACAUUCCCCUUAGAGGGAUUCAACGUCAGUGCAUCUUCGUCUGGCUGGAGUCUCAACAUGCAACAAGUGAGCUUCAUCAAUAGUGGUGCCUACAGUUGUGAAGUCAUCGCGGAUACCACAUUCCAUACUCUGAUAGAGACCAAAGAAAUGCUUGUGAUAGACCUGCCCGAUGAGAAACCCCGUAUCACGGGCGUCAAGGAGAGCUACCAAGUGGGAGAGAAUAUCAAGGCUUCUUGUACAUCUUGGCAAAGUCACCCGCCAGCCAAUCUCACGUGGUUCAUCAAUGGCGAACCAGCCAAGGAAUCCUAUUUGCGUCGUUAUGAUCUUCGGCGGGAGUACGACGAAACGUUCACCACCGUGUUAGGUCUCCACUUUGACGUGCUCCCCAUGCACUUCCGUGGAAACGCCAUGGUCCUCAAGUGUACCUCCAGCCUCCUCUCCAUCUAUUGGCAAUCCAGUGAGGUACGGAUCAAGCAGCAAGUUCCUCAUAUCAGUCCCAUGAUCAAUGGACAAGUACCGAGCUCAAGUCGGCGGGGUAACGCCCCUACGGUCCUUGACAAAGCCCUCCCACCUUCCAAGAAAGAGAACAUGCCAGUGGAGCAACUGACCUCACAUAACUACUCGGGGAGUGGGCCCAUCCAAUUGGGGCACACAUCCAUGAUCUUCAUUCAAUCUGUGAUACUCAUUGUGGUUUUCGAGUGCAACCAUUUUCGCUAGAGAACCAAUGUUUCCAGGACGCCCACGGUGACACCUUCAGUGUUAAUUAUGUUAAUUAACGACAUAACGGAUUAGCACCAUAACAUAGUGUUAUGAGCUAGAGUUCUGAGAAUAAUCUGAUUAAGUGUGAAACCAGACGUUUUUCAACAAUUACAACUACUAUUACUGCUCCUACUACUACCAUUCCCAUAAGUACUGCUGCUGCGGCUAUUUCGACUACUUAUUUAU